CAACGAGGGACAUGCUCAAUGGGGAAAAAAAGCGCGCUUCGAAUUUGUUCGGACCUGUUUUGUUGUUGUUUUUAAGUUACCUUCGCGUUAGAUUUACUGCUCUCCUUCAUUUAAUAGUUAUUUAACUUCAUGUCAAGGUUGUUUUUACCGGAUAAAGUUGAUUAAUCUGGUGUAAAACCAGGAAUAAUAGAUGUUAGCGAGCUAGUCGAUGAGCAGGUUCAUAUUAAUAUUUAUAAUAUUAAUAUUCUGUUGUUAAAAAACAUUUCGACAGCACAUAAAGAUAACAUCGACUUUAUCUAUCUAUUUUUUAUUAUUUAAAAAUCAUGCUAGUCAGAGUAUUUUUGUUUAUCCGUCGCCCGGAAAAUGAAGGGCUCUAGCGUUGUAAUUAUGCGGAAGUGAAAUACGGAGAGCAAAAAGGGACAAAACAAAACGCGUUUGGAAAUUACCGGCCUGUUGAUUAUAGCUAUUUGUUUGUUUGUUUAUUUAAGACUGCAGUGUGGUUUUGAUAUGUAAGAGUACUUCUGAUUUAAAGAUCAGGUGUGAUUCUAUAUCAUACCGAUAAAAGAUUAGAAUUUAAGAAUUCACAGAAGUGCAGUGAGAGGAAUAUGAUGCUCAGGACGGUGUCCAGUUCUCCUUUGGCUCCUUCUGUGAAGGUCAAAUUAAUAAAUGCUGGCUUUCACACAGCUGCAGAUCUGACUGAGGUGCAGCCACUCCAGCUGUGUAAAGCAGCAGGUGUCUCUCAGGAGGAGGCUGAUGAGGUGUCACGGACGCUGUGUGAUGACUCGUUGCCCCUCCAGCAGAGAGCAGCGGUGCAGAGUCUCACAGCGCUGGAUCUUCUGCACCAGGAGGAGACAUGGGGCAGCAUCGUCACGUUCUGCUCGGAGCUGGAUGCUGUGCUCGGAGGCGGGGUUCCUGUGGGAAAGACCACAGAAAUCUGUGGCGUCCCGGGCAUCGGAAAAACCCAGCUGUGUGUGCAGCUGGCUGUAGAUGUGCAGAUCCCGGUGUGUUUUGGAGGACUGGGUGGUGAAGCCGUAUUCAUUGACACAGAGGGCGGGUUUGUGGUGCAGCGGCUGGUGGGCGUGGCCAAGGCUGCAGUGGAGCACUGCACUGCUCUGGCUGAGGACGAAGAGCAGCAGAGAGCUUUAGAGAGCUUCACCGUGGAGAAGAUCCUCUCCGGCGUCUUCCUCAUCCGCUGCCUGGAUCACGUGGAGCUCCUCGCCGAGCUUCACCUCCUGCCCGACUUCCUGAGGAAGCAUCCACAGGUGCGGCUGGUGGUGAUUGACAGCGUGGCGUUCCCGUUCAGACACAAUGUGGAGGAUCUCUCUCACAGGACACGUCUCCUCAACGCCUUCUCACAGCAGCUCACACACUUAUCAGCUCAGCAUGGGCCAGCGGUGGUGUUGACCAAUCAGAUGACAACGAAAGUCUCGAGCGGCCAGUCCAAGCUCGUCCCCGCUCUGGGUGAGAUUUGGGGCCAUGCAGCCACACAGAGACUCGUCCUGCACUGGGAAGGAGCUCAAAGGUUUGCAUCUCUGUACAAAUCAUCCAGCCACAGAGACGCCACCAUCCCCUACCACAUCACGGCUGAAGGAUUCAGAGACACGAGUGUUUCAGUGUCUUCCGUCCCAUCUCACAGUCCUGCAGCAGGAAGCCACAGUAAACGUCCUCGCACUGAACACUAGCACAGUUAAUCUCUCUCUCUCUCACUCACACACACCCACUAUUUACACAGGAACAACUGAUCUACAGUCUGUCUACUGUUUAAGUGACCUGCAUGUCCUCUCCAAACACUGUUCUGGAUCAGAAUAAAGAUUUUUGUGUCAUUACAAAUUAUUCACGUGAAAUUGUAAAUAUUUUGUAUUUACAAAAAAUCAGUGGAAUGCUGAAUAGUGUAUAUGUAAUGAUGAUUGUUUACCAUUGAUAUACAGUUUGUAUUUGAUUUUAGAUUUUUACCGUUCUUAGUAGUAUAAUUGGUUUAAAUCGUUUUCAGAACACGACUUUAACAACUUGUGGCUCAGUUUAAAUAAGGUUUCUGUUUGAGGAAAUCAUUCUUCCUGCAGGUAUUAACUCUGUUUGUCUUAGAUUACAGUACACUUUUAAUCAGAGCAACUUACUGCAGUUUUUUAUGCCUCUGUGCAGGCGACCAAAGGUCAAGGUCACUGUGACCUUGUGCGUCCUGUUCUCAUGAGCACAAUAUUUCAAGAACACCUUAAGGGAAUUUCUUCAUAUUUGGUGGAAAUGUUCCAUUGCACUCAGAGAUGAUCUGAUGAUAUUUUGGUGGUAAAAGUUAAAAUCACUGUGACCUUAUGUAUCCCAUUCUCAUGAAUGCAAUAUCUCAAGAAUGCCUUGAGGGAAUUUCUUCAAGUUUGGAUGAACUGAUUAAGACUGAGUUUGGUGGUUAUGAGGGUCAGUGUGACCUCAUGUUCUUGGGAACAUGAUAUAUCAGGGAGGCAUACAACGGCAGAGCGGUAAUUUAAGUUCAAUUAUUUAUGAUUGUUGUUAUUAUAAUAAUACCAGACUGGGGUGUGUAUAUAUAUAUAUUUUUUGCAUCAUUGUUCUUGUAUUUAGUUUGAAAAAUAUUACGUGGUUAUCAAAAUGUACAAAUAUUGUGCGGCAGGGGAAUGCAAAUUCUGACAAAAGUUUUGAAAAAUCUUUGAGACAAUAUGUUAUCUCAGAUGUUAUUUUCAUUUCUCUUCUUGUUUCAUUCUCUGUACAGCACUUCAGCCAUUGUAAGUUGCUUUAAUAAAUAAAUCUUGCUUACUGA